GUCGACUAUAGGCUUGAGUUCAGUAUCCGGUUGAUAGCCGGUGAGGAUUGAGGCGGCGGCGUCAUGUUUAUUGAGCGUACCAAACGCGCGCCGCCUCUUCGUGAUUUUCUAUAAUUUGUAAAUAUAAUAUUUAUCUAUUAUGUUGAAUUUAAACUAAAACCACAGUGCUAGUGAUUCUAGAAGAGGGUUUAUCAACUGUUACUUAAAACAUUAAUGAACAUCACACUGUACCUUUAAUAAAAUUUUAACUCAAUUUUGGAUAACUAAAGUUAUCGUUGGUUUAUAAUAACCAAAUAAUAAAAUUUAAUAAAUCAUUCAUGGACUCUACAUUAACGUUAAUACUGUAGUCACAGUAGUUUAAUUUUUGUGCUAUUUAUAUGUUAAAUAGAAGUGUAACGACUGAGUAGUAUUGAAUGGAUUUCUAUUUAGAGUAUUAUAAAACAUUGGAAUUUUGAAUUGGUGAAGUGAAAAUAGUAUAUGUCAAGUUUGAUGAUUUCCAAAUCAACAAUGGCCGAUCGCGAACGUCCUGCGAAAACCCCCAUCAGGGUGGGUUUUUACGACAUAGAGAGGACCAUAGGCAAAGGAAAUUUUGCUGUUGUUAAGUUAGCCAGACAUCGAAUAACGAAGACUGAGGUAGCAAUUAAGAUAAUAGAUAAAUCACAGUUAGAUGCCAGUAAUCUUCAAAAAGUCUACCGCGAAGUGGACAUCAUGAAGAGGCUAGACCAUCCUCAUAUUAUUAAGCUUUAUCAAGUAAUGGAGACAAAGAAUAUGAUCUACAUCGUGUCGGAAUACGCGAGCAAAGGGGAAAUAUUUGAUUACAUAGCAAGGUACGGUCGAAUGGCGGAGCAGGCUGCUCGGAGAAAGUUCUGGCAAAUUCUGUCAGCAGUCGAAUACUGUCACGAGAGAAGAAUCGUGCACAGGGAUCUGAAGGCGGAGAAUUUGUUACUGGAUGCGAAUAUGAAUAUUAAGAUAGCUGACUUCGGAUUCAGCAACUAUUAUGCCACUGGCGAGCUAUUGGCCACGUGGUGUGGAUCCCCGCCGUACGCCGCGCCAGAGGUCUUUGAAGGGAAACGGUAUACUGGCCCUGAAAUUGACAUAUGGAGCCUGGGGGUAGUGCUGUACGUGUUGGUGUGCGGCGCGUUACCCUUCGACGGCUCCACGCUGCAGUCGCUACGGGAUCGCGUUCUGUCUGGAAGAUUUAGGAUACCGUACUUCAUGAGUGAGGAAUGCGAGUCCCUCAUUCGGAAGAUGCUCGUCUUAGAACCUAUGAAGCGGUACACGAUAGAGCAGAUCAAGAAACACAGAUGGAUGUCGACGGAGCCGUACACGGCGCCUUCAGUGGCCUCCGACCCUAUGAGAAGCCCCGCCCACGUGGCGCACCACAGCCAGGAACCGAACGAGCAGGUCCUGCGACUGAUGCAGAGCUUGGGCAUCGAUCCUGUUAAAACCAAAGAGAGCCUUCGCUCGAACAGUUACGAUCACCACGCGGCGAUCUACCUCCUCCUGUUGGAAAGGCUGAGGGCAAGGGCGGGAGAUAGGAGGAGGAGACCGUCCUCCGUCGAAGCCAGGGAGGACUGCAGGAGGGAACAUCAUAGGUUAUUACACGGCGAACAGUCCCGCGAGUUCCGCGCCCCCACGGAUUCGUCUGCCGAGACCCAACGGUUGCUGUCUCUGGCUGCUGUCAAUAUGACGGAACAACGUCUACGAACAGAUCCAGAUACGCACAGAAGCUUCCUUGUAGCAAACCUGGACGUAAAGAACCCGGAUAUAGAAUCGAAUAGACUCUCAAUGAGGAACAUCGAGGUGGCGCAAUCGAGUCAGCGACUAGGAAAAUUGAAUGAACCAGCGCAUAGAUUGCUGACAUCGACGUAUGAGCAGCAGCAGAAUAUAUUGAAACAGUCCAGCGAAGAUUGUAGACGAUUGUUGCAGCAAUCGACCACCGUUGGUCCAGAACCUAAUAAGACUAAUGAUGGAAGGCUUUUGACGUCAUCUAGUUUCGAUUCCAAAUGCGCUAUCGACGGUGGUAGGAAUACUGCGAUGGCUGACCAUAAUGUUAUAGCAAAUUUUCUUCAAAAUUCAGCUUCUGCGACCAACUUCAGUGUGGAGUCCAUGAAAAUACCGAAUUCAACGACUUUCACCAUGUGCUCAGAAGCCGCGAAACUUAUGAACACAUUGCAACAGUCGCCAUUACCUCUUAAAGGUACUGUAAAUUUGAGCAGCAGUCCGAUACCAUCCCAAUUCGCCGAGUCGAAGCUAAGCUGUGUUUUAGAACAACAAAAGCCACUCGAGUCCACUAGAUUGGUCUCACAGGCCCAACAACAGGAUUUAAAUAGAUUGCAGACAAGUACUCCCCCAUUCAAGGAAUACAUGAAUGCUCAUCCGAGUUUUUCCUACCUCCAAAAUGCAGUUGUACCAACGGAUGCAAGUUUUUCCAUAUCUUCAGCAUCGAAUGAUUUAUUUCCCAACAGCCUCUACAGGCCGGACAGCAAAUUUUCUUUAAACCGCUACACAACCGGACAAACAUACAACCAAGUACUUCCCACGAACAACGAGCCUACAAAAUUUCAACAGCAGUAUUCUUCCUCGACUGAUGAAGGUUGUGAGACAGAUAUGGAGGACGUUCCCGCUAUACAAAACAGCGUACAAAACAGACUGAGCUCGUACGCAAGUUCUAGUUCAAGUAGUGGUGUUGUGACUUUUUUUAACAACAAGAGUCUAAGUCAAAACCUCAGCUGUGAUUCAUCUCAGAGCAAUUUCUCUACAUUCGAAAGUAUUGAUUACCAGUUGUCAGAUUGCUCGAGUGAAUUGGCUAGCAGUCUGCCGAGUUGCACUUCCAACGACGACAAGACGGCAUAUGAAAACAGUUCGUUAGUAAAUACAAGUCCGAUGCAUCCAUGCGUCUACAUUUCAUCGUACAACAAUAAAAAUAACGGUACAGGAUUUAUUGCGCGUCAUAAUCCAAUCAAUUAUCAGUCUGCUAAUAAAAAUUGUACUCGAGAUGUAACACGAAGUCCCGUUGAUUUUCGUGAAGGCAGACGAGCUAGUGACGGUUUAGUGGCGCAACAAGUACAAGCGAGUGAUGCACAGAAGACAACAUUAGCAUUUAACAGCCAGAGAUUGAACGAAAGUUGUAAAGCAAAAGGAGUAUUGGAAUUGCAUCUCGUGCAAAAAGAAGCACAGAAAUUGAAAACUCAAUACCAGUCGUCUUUGCCGGCCGAAGAGAUGACUCAAAGACAAAUCCAGCACAAUCAGUUCGCGGCUACAUUUACACCGCACUUUUUGGAUACUAAGAAUCCCACUCCCAAGCGCAUAAGUCUACCGGAGUCCUUCAACUAUUCAAGCACGUCUCCACCAAUGCCGGCUAGUCCUAAAUUGUCACUUCAAGAUUCCGAUUUAACACAUACCUCUCUAUCCCAAGUAAGUAAGCCUCCACUGCAACAGCAGUUAAUGCAACACAGACUCUUCCAACAGAAGCGACAGCUGCAGAAACAAAUGACCCCUACCAAUGUCCACGACAUGGGACUCCACAGUCUCCAAGUCGGUCUCAGCCGUAGACAAAUGCUACGACAACAAAGCUACAAGAUCGCUCAACAGCAACAAAUAUUACCACCACUACCACUUACCGAAACAGAAAACCGCGAUCUGCUAGCCUUCCAAGCGAUAGUCGAAGAUCCGAACAGAAUCAAGGACGAUCAGGACGAGAAGUUCUCAUACCAGGGCUCGAUGGAUAUAACUAUACAUAAGGACAGGCUCGGCAAUGAGAACUGGUCGAACUUACCGUCCAGUUUACAGAGUGCUUGUCAGAUUUCCGAUAUGGGAAGGAAAGAGACUUCAUCCGAAGGAGGGGAAGGGAUAUGGGGGGGUCACAGUCAGUGGUCGACCACACUAUUCCAGCCGCAGGCUUGUUUCCAGGUAUUCCAACAGAUCAACUAGUAGAUCUCCACUGUAUUGAGUAGACGGUAGAUUCGCACGUGGCAUAGAAUUAGAACAUACCAGAAGUACCCAAACUGUGUCCGACAUAUGUCUGUCAGCUAGAUGGGAUUUAGGUUAACGUGAAUAUUCAUAUUCCGUAAGCAUGGACUAUAGAAUGCAUGACAAUAAAUAGUGCUUUAAAAUUAAUUUGUAUCACCUUUAUAUUAACGACACAAAUGUUGCAACAGUAUAUAAUCACACAAUGAUAUUGUGAACAUAUAUAUCUCUAUAUAUAAACUAUGUUUAUGAAUCGUAUUCACUAUACAUAUGUAAUCCAUGAACGUCAUAUUUUAAUUCAUUCCUUGUAUUCAGUACUGAUGGCUAAAAAUCUUAUUUAAUCAAUUCCAGCAACUUUAACUUGCCAAAUAUUGUAUUAUAUUAAAUGUAUGAUAAUAUGCAUUUUAAAUGUACUUCAAAUAUCACUCUUAUAAUGUUCCUACAUAAUAUAAACCCAAUACAUUAUUAAAUUUAGUAAUAAGUGACUAUUUAUUAAUAUGUAUAAGUCUAGCUCCAAAAAUAGUUACGUUUGUGAGUUUGUAUACAGGUUUUUAUUAUUAUUUUGCUAAGUAUAAUGUAAUUCUUUGUAAGAUGUGAUAGCUUUACUUAGAAGCAAGUUUUAUUUAAAAUACAAGUAUAUGUAAAACAGAA